GCUCGAGACCAUCCCUCCCGCCCUCACCUCCGUCCUUUGACCGCUUCUUCUUUCCGACACUUCAACGACGUGCUUUUCGUCUCCUCUCUCCUGCGCCUGCCACUCUGCACCAGGCCGUCCGCUCUUUGCCCGCGCCGCCUGCCUCCGCGCCGUCCGUGAACAAGCACGACCCCUUACCUCCGUAAUCUUCAUUCCUCCAUCCCGCCAUCAUGUCCGACGAUAAGAAGAGGGACGACUACGACGAGAAGACCAGCUUCGUCGACCGCUCCGCCUCUCCAAUGCAUCCCUCAACGCCGCGUCGCCAGCCGUCGCACCACUACUCGGUCGCAGAGAACCCCAUCCUCCCCGUUCUCUCGUACUGCGCCUCGUCCAUUUUGAUGACCGUCACGAACAAAUAUGUCUUGUCGGGCGUGGACUUCAACCUCAACUUCUUCCUGCUAUGUGUUCAGUCUGUCGUCUGUGUCAUUGCAAUCCAGACUUGCAAGACAGCCAAAUUGAUCACGUACCGGGACUUCAACACAGACGAGGCCAAGAAAUGGUUCCCCAUCUCCCUCCUCCUUAUUGGCAUGAUCUACACGAGCACGAAAGCAUUGAAAUUCCUUUCCAUUCCCGUUUAUACUAUCUUCAAGAAUCUUACGAUUAUUCUGAUUGCCUACGGAGAGGUCCUCUGGUUCGGUGGAACCGUCACCUCCAUGGCUCUCUUCUCCUUUGGUUUGAUGGUGGCCAGUUCCAUCAUUGCGGCUUGGGCAGAUAUUCAGCAUGCGCUGAGCAGUUUUGGAGAUGCAACGACUGAGGCCACAAGCGCCAUCUCCACGCUCAAUGCCGGAUAUCUCUGGAUGAUGUUCAACUGCUUCUGCACUGCCACCUACGUUUUGGGCAUGAGGAAGCGGAUAAAGCUGACCAACUUCAAAGACUUUGACACCAUGUACUACAACAACCUCCUCACCAUCCCAAUCCUCCUGAUCGCCUCCCUCUUUGUCGAAAACUGGUCCAGUGAGAACAUCGCCGCGAACUUCCCCGCCGACAAGAGGAACAGCCUCAUCGGGGCCAUGAUCUUCUCCGGCCUCUCCUCCGUCUUCAUCUCAUACACCUCCGCCUGGUGCGUCCGCGUCACAUCGUCCACAACAUACUCUAUGGUCGGCGCCCUGAACAAGCUCCCCAUCGCCGUCAGCGGCCUCGUCUUCUUCGACGCCCCCGCUACCUUCGGCAGCAUCUCUGCCAUCUUCGUCGGCUUCGUCAGCGGCAUUGUCUAUGCCCUCGCCAAGGUCCGCCAAAACGCCAAGCCAAAGGACUCGCUCCCAUUAGUGAACGCACCUAUGAGCGCCAGCAGCCAAAGCAUGCGGGACAGCUUCAAGUCAUGAGCACGCAACUACUCCCCUUCCUACGUUCUUGCACUGGAGAAGUCGAACUCCCCAGGUCCUUCCCAGCAAACAUAUAUAUGCUCGGACGUUUACUGGGCAGGAAGGACCCUCGAUAGCAAACAUCCUAGGCGUUUAUCCCGGACCCCUUUUACAAUAAUCCUUCAUCUCAUGAAGCCCUCUCAAUGUCCCCCCCUUUUUUUCUUGUUGUAUUUGUUACGCACAUCGUAGCCCGCCGAGCUACCGAUUCCUCGACGUCUUAGAAAUGGUUGGUGUGGGUUUUGAUAACAUCCUGGUUCUGCUUCUUCGUUUCUUUUGUCUUCUGUCGUGGACGUU